UUGUAUCAAUGAAAAAGUUGAAUUUUUACGAUUAUUAUGUGAAUUGAUCAUUGUAGUUUAUCACGAAAAAAAUAAUACGCUUAAAAUUGUUCCUCAUAUGUACAAUGUUUUCACAGAAAAAGAAACAUGGGAAAAAGAGGAGGCACUCGUCAUCCGAAAGCUCUAGAGCUAGUUCCGUGGAUAGUCCAAGAAAGAAUAAGCCGGACAAGACCAAAGCGAACGGCAAAGAUAAAUCCAAAAAUUCGAAAUCCAAAAGAGACUCCUCCGAAGAAUCAAGACACAGAUCUUUGUCUCCAAAAUCUCACAAAAGGAAGGAAAACCCCGAUGAGGACGACCGUUACUCAAAGCGACACCGUAGGAAAGACGAUGAGGUCAAGAAGAGGUCAAGGUCGACCUCAAGAAAAAGGAAGUCGACCUCACCAUCACCGGAGCGUAAACGCAAAAGGAGGUCUGAAUCUGUGGAGAAACGCAAACGAUCUGUCUCAAUUGAGGUCAAGGAGAAGAAAAAGAAGCGCGGAAGAGGUAGAAGCAGGUCGAGGUCCGAAUCUGAGGAGGGUUCUAGGAGGAGAAGGAGGUCUAAGUCCGGAGAUAAAAGAGGAAGUCGUAAGGAGAAGUCUAGGUCAUCAGAGAGAAGUUAUAGGAAGAAGUCCAGCUCACCUUCUGAUAAAAGAUCUAGGACUAAGAAGAAGUCACGCACCCCAGAAUCUUCAGACGAUGAAGAUGAUAGGAGGCGAGGCAAGAGCCGCAAAAGAAAUCGAAAAAGAUCUCCAACGAACGAAGACGAAAUCGAUAAGAAACUAUCUAAACCUAGGAGAAAGAGGUCACCGUCUUCAGAUGAGGACAAACCUCGAUCGAAGAAAAGAUCUGUAUCGCGAGAAGUGGAAAAGCAUCGUUCAAGAAGCAAGAGGUCCAUAUCCGUGAAGUCCAAGAAGAGGUCAUCAUCUGAUGAAGAAGAGAAUGAAAGACUGAAGAAGCGACAUGCUUCCGGUGAAGAAAAAUCAUCUAGGUCGAGAAAGAGGUCUGUAUCUCGAGAACAGGAUAAAAGCAGGAGAUCAAUAUCCAAGGAACCCAGGAAGAGGUCUAGGUCAAGGGAAGAUGCUAAUACAAAAUCCAGACAUGGUAGUAGAGAUAGGAAAAAGUCUAGUAGGUCAUCAUCCAGGGAAAAGAGACGCUCUUAUUCUAAACGGAGGUCUGUAUCUAAAGAAAGGUCAAAAAGGAACGCACGUGAUACAAAGUUAAAGUCGCUGUCAAAGGAUAGAGAUGUGUCUAGAUCGAGAGAUAAAAAACGAUCUGGUUCUAUCAGGUCCUCAUCUAGAAACGAAAGAUCACUGUCCCGGGAAAUAGAAAAGAUGAAAAGUAAACUUGUAGAGGAGAUGCUGAAGCAAAGAAUGAGGUCUUCAUCUGAAGAGACCUCUAGACCAAGACAGAGAUCGACCUCUAAGGAUAGGUUGAGCAGGAGGUCUCAGAAACCCACGCCAAGGAGGUCCGCUUCAAGAGACAAAUCAGAGAGGAGGUCAGGCUCAAAAGAAAGGGACAACAGGCCGGAAAGAAUGUCUACCUCGAAGGAUAGAACUAACAGAGAAGCAUUGAAGAGGUCUAUUUCGAGAGAUGAAGGUAGCAAGGCAAGAAAUAGGUCCGCAUCGAAAGAUAAAUACAGCAGGUCCAGAUCUCGAGAUGAAUAUCAUAGCAGCAGUAAGAAGAGGAGUGCUAGUCCUGUAGAAGAUAGAAAUCACCUGGAUGACAGAAAGAAAAAUGGAGAUGGCAGGUCUUCUAGAGCUACAACUUCCGGAGACAAACGUGAAGUAUCCGUUGAACGCAAAGCUACAUCCAGAGAGUCGAAAUCAGACACGCCUCCACCAGCGGCGAAAAAACAAGAGCAUCAUUCGAGAAAAAACAGCGAUAAGAGUGAUAAAAGCGCUGAUGGAAAAAGGAAGCAGAAACAGCUUCAGCCGGUCGUGAAGCUGAGAGCUUCUUCAAGCGAAGCUGAGACUGAAGAUGAUGCAGGUGCCAAGGAUGGAAAUGAUUUCGAGGAUGUUGGUAGAUCACAGUUGGACGACAAAGAACUACGGAUGCUACGUUUACUGAAGUCUGGCCUGGCGGCCAAAGCCAAAGAGACCCUGGAACGCAAGAAAGAACGUCCAGCGUUGGAUAGACAACAAUCUGCCGCGGCAAUAGUGGCAGCGCUGCAAUCUCAACCGCCAGCAAUCAAGAAACACAUCGAGCCGGAUCUGUUCGAUAUCAGGGUGCUCCCUUUGAAGCAGGGCGAUUUCGCGCCUCCUGGGAAAAUUGCUGAAGCGACUAUGAUUGGACCUCUCAGUGCUGAGGAAACAAAGAAAAGUGUGAUAGACAAGGACGCGUUUGACAUAGCAGCAGCAGCAACUAAGGCAAGAAGUAGACUUGCUGGUGCAACGUCUUUAAUUGGAAGAAAAUUGUCGAGGAGUAGGUCGGGAAGUUCAUCAUCACAUAGCAGCAGAAGCUCAGUGGACAGCAGGAAAUCAGAAGCAGCGCGUAGUCGGAGCCGUAGUUCUGAACAUCGCCACCGCAGCAGGGGGCGCCGUACUAGUAGACAUCGACGUAGCGCUACCAGUGAUAGGUCUACAUCGGCACAUUCUGCUACUUCAAGAUCCAGAAGCAGGUCCAGAUCCAGGUCCAGGUCGAGAUCGUGCUCAGACUCCAGGUCAUCAUCCUCAGCUUCGUCAUUAAGCGGUAGUGGUAGCGAUGAUUCGGCCAGUGAUAAGGACAGAUCAAGGUCAAGGUCGCUGUCAAUACCACGAAGGCAUGGAUCGCCUAGUUUCUUGGACAGACGGAGAAUCACCAGCGCCCGUAAACGUCCGAUCCCUUACACAAGGUCAUCUCCACCGCCCUCUUGCUCAUCGAGGUCAACCUCGGUGUCGAGGAGGUCUUCAUCGGUGGACUCCAGAGAGCGCCGCAGUCCCAGCUGGCAUAGGAGACCGACCAGUAGCUCCAGGAGAAGCGGCAGGAACCCGUCGGCGAGGUCUCCUUCUGGCACCAGGUCCCGCUCAACGUCACUUGUCAAUCGAUCCAGAACACAUUCUCCACCAUCAAGAGGGUGCUCUAGGUCUCCUUAACGAUUAAUUGAUGUCCUGGUUCAGGUCAUCAAGAAAGUGCAAUAAAAUAACGAAAUUAAAAUCAUUUUCAUGGAAUUUUCCCAAGCUAUGCAUCCUUCCAACAUAUCUUUAAGAUUCCCGUUUUUGCACUUGGCAAUAAAAUUUCCCCCUAAUAAACAAGCUUUACCUUUUAAAAAGCACUGCAUAAUAACUUCUUCCAGUGAUCCGAUGCUUUUUAUAUUUUAUCGUUCAUGACUAAUAGCUGCAAUAUAAAAAUGGUAAGGAUGCAUGGUUAUGUCUCUACACAUUUUCCAAAUGUUAUGUAUGUCACUAGGUGGAUUUCAAAGUUUGUUGAACAAUCAUUUCCUAUUUCCUCAGUUCUCAUUUUUAUUUCGGUAUUGCAAAAUAACCGAUAACAGCAUCUGAUUUCGUGCAUUUUCAUCAUAUUCCGUCUAUCAAUCCGAGUACUAGGAUUCAAUAUGUAAUUUUGUUUAUUGUUAGGGUGGUGUCUUUACAAACCCAUCUCACUACAAAGUUUCCGAACAUACUCUAUAAUUUUACAUGGCCUUUGUAUCGAUAUAAUAGUUGAUGAGAAAAUAGACGAGAGUAUAUUUUUAUGCGAUAACAAAAACAGUAGUAUGUUGUAAUGCCAGAAAUUAUUCAUUUGUACAAUCAAAAUAACGUAUUUAAUCCUAGUAUGUUCGUGAUAUAAUUUAGAAGAAUUAUGAAUGCAUGGUACAUAUUUACAUGUAGGGCUACAAAAACGAAUAUUUAAUUAAUACUGAAUGUAACAUUCCACAGCUCCGAAAAAUUAAAAAGAGCUAUGAAGUACAAGUAUUUCUUCCCACAUGUGCAAACUCUAGCAAAUACUCAUAAAGUGAUUUUGUUUUUGUUAAUUGAUACCUGAGAUUAGUCAUUGUAUAGCUUUUUGAUAUAAAUGUAAGUUGUAUACAAAUCCUGCAAAAUAUUCCUAGUCAAUAAUCUAGUCAAGUACUCAUUUGUGUGAUAUUUUCGGUUGUUCAUUUAUUUAUUUUAAUUUAUGUAUUUAUUUGAG